CUAAAUCUUUAAACACUCAAGACUUCCUUACACUCGUGACUCGUGCGUCACUCGUGCGUGACUCGUGACUUCAUCUUCGCUCCUUGCGACAGCAACCCCUCAUCUCUCAUCUCGCCUCAUCUCAUUUCAUUUCACCUCUUUGCUUUGCACUCAUCUAGCGGUCCUACCUUAGCCUGUGCGCUCGCGUGUCGUGCCUCCUAUUGACCCACGCUCGAGCCCACGCCCAUCGACCAAAAAGACUGCCAUCGGCACUCUUCGCGCCCAACAUCUAAUUGGUUCGCCCCCCCACCCCCCUUCUUCGGUCUCCAUCCCUUGACAAUCGAAUCGAAUCAUCCUGAGCGGAAGCACAGCCAGGCAGCGCCAUGGCGUACGCACGCAUCAACAAUGCACCACCACGCAUGAUGCCAAAUAGCACGAUGGGGAGCGUCAGCGUGGGCAUGCCUUCAGAUGUCUCCUCUUCACACAUGAGGAAACGCAGCAGAGCAGGAACUUUUGGCAGCGAUGAGACUGGAAGCCAAUUCAGUAGCGCUGGUCGCUUCGCAGGCGCUUCCGUCCCCGUCGCUGCGUAUUCAAAGGCAGCAGAGGCGGAUGAUGAGAUGCACGAUCCGCGAAACGCCGACAAGCACUCGAGCGAAAUCGACUUGCGAGGCUUUCUGAACGUCUUGACCUUGGUGGUCAUCGGUGGCGCUCUCCUCGUCCUGUUCAUGGGUUACCCACUCCUAUCACAUUUCCUCGGCAAAAAGGACUCCACGAAGGGCGGAUUCAAUCUAGGAGGCACAAACGGCACCGGUCAGGUUGGCAUCACGCCCGCUAUCAGAUCUAUAGUGGAUACCGACACGCCAGAAGCAGCUCGCAAAUGGAAGGGCUACUUGGGCAACUAUCACAUCGUCUUUAGCGAUGAAUUCGAAUUGCCCGGCAGGACCUUUUGGCCUGGAGAUGAUCCUUAUUGGGAGGCUGUAGACAUCUGGUAUGGAGCUACGGGUGAUUACGAAUGGUACUCUCCAGAAGCGGUCAACACCACAGACGGCGCUCUGGUCAUCACGAUGGAGGAGAAACCUACACACAAUCUCAACUUUAGAUCCGGCAUGCUUCAAAGCUGGAACAAAUUCUGCUAUCAAGGAGGAUACGUCGAAUUUUCGCUUCAAAUGCCAGGAACGCAGCGCACGUCCGGCUACUGGCCAGCAGCGUGGACGAUGGCGAAUUUGGGUAGACCAGGGUAUCUGGCAUCGACCGAUGUGCGUAGAAUGUGGCCUUACAGUUAUCAAGCUUGCGAUACGGGGAUGCUCCCGAAUCAGACCUACGUCAAUGGAAGCGGACCUCACUUGGCAAUUCACUCCACUGGGGAAUAUCAGCAUCCAAAAGGUCAACUAUCAACGCUGCCUGGCAUGCGGACGCCCUCUUGCACGUGUCCCGGAGAAGACCAUCCUGGUCCUGACGUGACCGUAGGGAGGAGCGCGCCAGAGAUUGACGUCAUCGAAGCGCAGGUGCAGACUCGAGGCGGCACAAAGCACGUCUUCGCUUCGCAGUCGCUCCAGACGGCUCCUUUUGAUGAUGCUUACUACUGGAAGAACACGUCCGAUGUGGCAGAGGUGGCGGGCGAGAACACGCGGUUCAACGACUACGUGGGUGGACCCUUGCAAGAAAGCGUCAGUGCACUCAGCCAGUGCCCGGAUGAUGGUUACACCAAUGCAGGACAGCGUUAUGUGACGUAUGGAAUGGAGUACAGCCCGGACUGGAAAGCCGAUGGAGGCGGUUCCGUCACGUGGUACGUCGAUGGCGAGCGCACCUGGACCGUGAAAGGCGAUGCGAUCGGACCGAAUCCAGAUUUGGAUAUGGGCCAAAGGACGGUCCCCACUGAGCCGAUGACUAUUGUCAUGAACCUUGGCAUCAGCCCUCAAUUCCAAACCGUCAACUUGCAGACCGGCAAGGAUGACCUGAUCUUCCCAGCACAGAUGAAAGUCGACUACGUCCGCGUGUACCAGCUCGACGGUCAAGAAGACAAGGUGUCGUGCGACCCGCCUGACCAUCCCACGAAAAAGUACAUUGAGGACCACCUGAACCUCUACAUGAAUCCCAAUCUCACAAAGUACGCCGAUGCUGGCUACCCGGCAGUCAAAAACAAACUCUUGACAGGCUGCUGAAGCGAUCGAGCUUUCGGCCCGCUCGCUGCUCAGCUGCCCCCUUCCUCCUUACCACACACACCUCCGUCGCUCUUUUGGCCCCGAUCCACCUCAUAUCGAUUACUGGACUCUUUGCAUUCCUAGAAGCUGGCCCCGUUCCCUUUCAAUGUUCCCUCUGAUCGCAAAUCACAUCGUCUGGAAAUAAUAAGAUUUAUUCUUGCU